CACGUGAUAAUACCGGAUUGACAGUUGGCGUAUAGCUUUAGUGUCUGGUUUAGAGAGACGUUUAGUUAUACAAAGUGUGGAAGGACGAGGAAACAGGGUUUUUGGAAACAACCGUGGUGAAGAAGACAGAGGGUCUCUUGAAGAGGGGGAUGCGUGCAAUGCACCAAGUGUGGAGAGCGGCCCGAGGUCGGCAGCAACGGGGGUGCCACUUUGCAGCCUCGGCUAGUUUAACUGCUGGUGCUCACUUUGUGUUUACCUUCCGUUAGAAAGUAGCGGACGAAAAGUGGAACUGUAUGUUUUUUGUGCUUGAAACACUGACACUACGUGGGGAUUUGCUUUGGGCACCAGGAAUUGUGUGCAUCACUGUUGACCAGUGGCAAUUGUGGGAAUCGUUAGGGAGAGCUGGCAUCGGUUCUAAUAGCAAGAGGUUAUCUGUAGUCUGCAUUGUCUGUAGACAAGACGAUUAGAGGCGGCAGACUGGAGGUUGCCAGUACUGAGCAGUAAUUACAGUUUUCCGUCGCCGUUGCAGGCUUGCAGGGGUCGUGGGGUUAGAUGCCCUGGAUCACCAGCCAGCCGUAUAUUUGGUGUCCCAUUCCCAGAGUACACUAUUAGUUUUUACAGCUGCUACUCGAACCCCGUUGUCUUUGCUGUCCAGUUUGUCUAAUUCAUUGAGUUGUAAAAGGGAUAGACGUGUUAGGUCCUGUAUUUCUUUUUACUGGAUCCACUGAUUGCUGAGACUACUGGGUUACUGCUGACUAGCUGGCACGUUGAAAACAUUCUUUGUCUCCGGCUAACAUCAUCACGGGGUACAUCAACUAGCAAUAGCAGCUCCAGAUCUAGAAUUGAGUUAAAGAUCUGCCUCAAUGGAUAUUGACACAGACUAUGAGAGGCCAAAUGUUGAGACUAUCAAAUGUGUAGUGGUUGGAGACAAUGCUGUUGGAAAGACCCGACUUAUAUGUGCAAGGGCUUGCAAUGCAACACUGACACAAUAUCAACUGCUGGCAACACACGUACCAACCGUCUGGGCAAUAGACCAGUACAGAGUCUGCCAAGAGGUUUUGGAGCGAUCUCGAGAUGUGGUGGAUGAAGUCAGUGUCUCCUUGCGACUCUGGGACACUUUUGGUGAUCAUCACAAGGACCGACGAUUUGCCUAUGGGAGAUCUGAUGUUGUUGUGUUGUGUUUCUCUCUGGCAAACCCAAAUUCCCUACGGCACGUGAAGACAAUGUGGUACUCUGAGAUCAAACACUUCUGCCCACGAACACCCAUUGUUCUGGUUGGUUGCCAGCUAGAUCUUCGCUAUGCUGACCUCGAUGCUGUCAACCGUGCUCGCCGACCGCUAGCCAAACCAAUUAAGCCUUCAGACAUCUUGCCACCAGAGAAGGGACAUGAGGUGGCAAAAGAACUGGGCAUCCCUUACUAUGAAACAAGUGUGGUUGCCCAGUUUGGAGUCAAAGAUGUAUUUGACAACGCCAUCAGGUCUGCUCUCAUCACCAGAAGACACCUCCAGUUUUGGAAGUCCCAUCUCAAGAAAGUUCAGAGGCCUUUAUUACAAGCUCCUUUUCUUCCACCCAAACCACCACCACCUAUUAUUAAUGUUCCUGACCCACCACCAACUAACGGGGAAGGUCUUGUGUCUCUCUACUGUAACCCUAUUUGUACUGAUGUUCUGUUUAUUCUCCACAGUGGUGAGAGAAUCUUUGCACACAAGGUUUACUUGGCAACGUCAUGCUCCAAGUUCUAUGAUCUGUUCACAAUGGACCUCACAGAAGAACCAUUAAACCACGGUUGGGAAUCAGAAGGUGAUAAUAGAUUUGAUGACCAGAAUGUUUCUUUGGAACGUAGGUGUGUCAAAGAGCAGGCCUCUAGGACUAAAAGCUUAGACAUCGAUAAAGAUGGUGGAGAAAGCAACUUGCAGAAGGCCCCAUGGACUACACUCAGGACUUCCAAAAGUGACAAUGCUUUGAGACAGGCAUUGCACAAAAGUUCUACAGCAUGGACUCUUAAGCCAGGAGUGAGAGGCAGGAUGCUGAUGAACUGGGGACGAGGGUUUAUCAGUAUGCACUUAGAUCAAGUAGAGGACCCAGUGACAAAGAAAGAGAAACUGAUAACUGUGGUCACCUUGGACUGCUUGAUACAGCUUCGUCCUUUUCAGGUGGUGCUGAAAUACCUGUAUACAGGAUUCCUGAGUGAAGUCCAAGCUGACUUAAUGCAGGUGGCCACUAUAGCAGAAGUACUGGAGGUUUUUGACUUGAGGAUGAUGGUGGCGAAUAUCUUAAACCGUGAGAGCUUUAUGAAUCAGGAGAUUACCAAGGCUUUUCAUGUUAGGAGGGCCAACAGAAUCAAAGAGUGCCUAGCCAAAGGGACUUUUUCAGAUGUGGUCUUCCGAGUAGAUGAUGGUAGUAUUCGAGCGCAUAAACCUCUGUUGAUCUCCAGCUGUGAUUGGAUGGCAGCCAUGUUCCGAGGAUCAUUUAAGGAGAGUUAUGUUGAAGAGGUCUAUCUUCCUAAUGCUCGCCUGUCCUGCCUGCGUGUUGUCCUUGAGUACCUGUACACUGGCCACUUUGCACCUAAAUGUGAUCUAGACACUAUGCAGCUUCUUAUCUUGGCAAAUCAGUUAUGUUUACCUCGACUUGUUGCCCUCACAGAGCAAUAUGUGGUGUCAGAGCUUCUUAGAAACCCCUCACAAGAAGAUAUAGAUGGGCAGUCUCUCAUGUAUCUGGAAAUGGCACAGUUUCACAAUUCAAAGCAACUGGCAAACUGGUGUCUACACCACAUUUGUACUAACUACAACAGCAUCUGCCGAAGGUUUCCUAGGGAGAUGAAGUACAUGAGUCCAGAUAACAAGAUGCUUUAG